GCGCAUAACGGGCAGCGCGCACUCCGGGGCGGCUUCUCCAGAGCGCCGGCCGGGUCCAACGCGCACGGGGAGCCCGCAGCACACCGCAAGCUGAGUGCAGGACGCGCCCCCAGCACAGCCACCCCCCGGCCACUGAAUGAGGCUUCCCGGCGUCCACUCGCUGCCCGCAGCGCCGCGCAGGAGGUCCGCCCGCUGAGGCGCGGCCGGUGCGCCGGCAGCCAGUGCCCUCACCUGCCAGCCUGCGCGCCAUGGGGCAGCCCGGGAACCGCAGCGUCUUCUUGCUGGCGCCCAACGGAAGCCACGCGCCGGACCAAGAUGGCACGCAGGAACGGAACGAGGCGUGGGUGGUGGGCAUGGGCAUCGUCAUGUCGCUCAUCGUCUUGGCCAUCGUGUUUGGAAAUGUGCUGGUCAUCACAGCCAUCGCCAGGUUUGAGCGUCUGCAGACGGUCACCAACUACUUCAUCACCUCCCUGGCCUGUGCUGACCUGGUCAUGGGCCUGGCGGUGGUGCCCUUUGGGGCCAGCCACAUCCUCAUGAAAAUGUGGACCUUUGGCAACUUCUGGUGUGAGUUUUGGACUUCCAUUGACGUGCUGUGUGUCACGGCCAGCAUCGAGACCCUGUGCGUGAUCGCAGUGGAUCGUUACUUUGCUAUCACAUCACCCUUCAAGUACCAGAGCCUACUGACCAAGAAUAAGGCCCGGGUGGUCAUUUUGAUGGUGUGGGUCGUGUCAGGCCUUACCUCCUUCUUGCCCAUCCAGAUGCACUGGUACCGGGCCACCCACCAGGAAGCCAUCAACUGCUACGCCAAGGAGACCUGCUGUGACUUCUUCACGAACCAAGCUUAUGCCAUUGCCUCCUCCAUCGUGUCCUUCUACUUUCCCCUGGUGGUCAUGGUCUUCGUCUACUCCAGGGUCUUCCAGGUGGCCCAAAGGCAGCUCCAGAAGAUCGACAAAUCUGAGGGCCGCUUCCAUGCCCAAAACCUCAGCCAAGUGGAGCAUGAUGGGCGGAGCGGGCAUGGACAUCGCAGGGCCUCCAAGUUCUGCCUGAAGGAACACAAAGCCCUCAAAACUCUGGGCAUCAUCAUGGGCACUUUCACCCUAUGCUGGCUGCCCUUCUUCAUCGUCAACAUAGUGCACGUGAUCCAGGAUAACCUCAUCCCCAAGGAAGUUUACAUCCUUCUAAACUGGGUGGGCUAUGUCAACUCUGCUUUCAAUCCCCUUAUCUAUUGCCGGAGCCCAGACUUCAGGAUUGCCUUCCAGGAGCUUCUGUGCCUGCGUAGGUCUUCUCUGAAGGCCUGUGGGAAUGGCUACUCCAACAACAGUAACAGCAGAACCGACUAUGCUGGGGAGCACAGUGGAUGUCACCUGGGGCAGGAGAAAGACAGCGAACUGCUGUGUGAGGACCCCCCAGGCACGGAAGACCUUGUGAACCGUCAAGGUACUGUGCCUAACGAUAGCAUUGAUUCGCAAGGGAGGAAUUGUAGUACAAACGACUCACUGCUCUAAUGCAGUUUUUCUACUUUUUAUGAAUCCCCCCCCAACAAAACACUAAACAGACUAUUUAACUUGAGUGUAAUACAUUUAGAAUAAAAUUGUAUAGAGAUGUGCAGGAGGAAGGACAGCCUUCUGCCUUUUUUUAUUUUUUUAAGCUGUAAAAAAGAGAAAGCAUAUUCGAGUGAUUGUUUCUUGUACAGUUCAGUUCCUUUUUUUUCAUGGAAUGUGUCAAGUUGUGUCUGAAGGGCUUCAGUCCCAGAGGACCUGGGGCUGCUAUGUUUUGAUGACUUUUCUGUGGAUCUACCUCAUUGGUCAAGUAUUAGGGGUAAUAUAUAUUGCUGCUGGUAAUUUGUAUGUGAAGGAGUCUUUCCUUCCUGCACCCUUGCACUGGAGGACCUUGAGUAUCUUGGACCUUUCAGCUGUGAACACGGACUCUCCCCGCUCCUCUUAUUUGCUCAAACAGGGUGUUGUAGGCAGGGAUUUGAGGGGCAACUUCAGUUGUGUUCCUGAGCAAAGUCUAAAGUUUACAGUAAAUAAAUUGUUUGACCAUGACUUCAUUGCACCUGUUUCUCCAAAACCCCUUGACCGGAGUGUGGUCGCCUCCCCCACUGGAAACCGCAGGUAACUAUUUGUAAUAACUGCCCAGGGACUUAAUAUGGAAUGAUACAGGAAUGGCAUGCACUGAUUGCUUAACCCUUUCCUUUGCCUUUGAAUCUGCCGCCGCAAACCUGUAUCUCCUCCUAAUGCCAGUGCCUCAGAGCAGUUCUGCCUGCCGUCAGCAUAGCUUGUCUCGCAGGUCCUAUGGUGAUGACUCUGUUGUUACAGCAGAAACACUGACUCAUAGAAAUGGACUUAUGGGCAUCUGUUUUGUCCCUCUGUGCGCCCCUGCCACCCAUCUUCCAGUCCUACUUGUUUAAUAGCUGCUUUUGUUAUAUAUUGGCUGCAUCUUAUAGUGGAGAUCUUUGCACUGCGUCAGGGUUUGGUAUUUUAAAGAUAAGAAAGAAGCUCUUAUGAGCAAGCCACUCGAACACAGCCGGGUAAUUCCAAGGGAAACUGAAAAGGGCACUGG